CCCUUUGGAGAACAUCAAACCAGAAAGCUGUUCUCUGUUAACAAUUUCAAUAUCGAGAGUUCGAUUAAGGAAAGAGAAGAUGUCAUUGAUUCCAAGUUUCUUUGGUGGUCGAAGGAGCAAUGUUUUCGACCCUUUCUCCCUCGAUGUCUGGGACCCUUUCAAGGAUUUUCCUUCUUCCAAUUCUCUUUCUGCUUCGUUCCCUGAAUUUUCUAGGGAAAAUUCUGCAUUUGUGGGCACACGAGUGGAUUGGAAGGAGACCCCAGAAGCACAUGUGUUCAAGGCUGAUCUUCCUGGUCUGAAGAAGGAGGAAGUGAAGGUAGAGAUUGAAGAUGACAGGGUUCUUCAGAUAACUGGAGAGAGGAACGCUGAGAAAGAAGACAAGAAUGAUAAAUGGCAUAGGGUGGAGCGUAGCAGUGGCAAGUUCAUGAGGAGGUUCAGGUUGCCAGAGAAUGCCAAAAUGGAACAAGUGAAAGCUUCCAUGGAAAACGGGGUUCUUACUGUGACAGUUCCAAAGGAAGAGGUCAAGAAGACUGAUGUUAAGGCCAUAGAAAUCUCUGGUUGAACUGAUUAUAGUUUCUCUGUUUCUUGGUUGUUUUUCUUACUUGUAUUAAGUAUCUUAUUUUCAAACUAUGUCACAAAAUGGAUAUCAUGUACCUUGAAUUGUAAGGAAGAUGUUGGGUUAUGAAUAAUUUAAUUGGUUAAGUGUGGUA